GGCCUUCGUGGUGGCCCAGCUUCUUGCCACCUUCCCUCAGGGACACACUGCACCGGAAGAGAUGAAAGGUAUACCAUCAGAGGGAAGCCUGCCUCCUCUUCUAACCUGAGGCUGGGGAUCAGGCCAAGCAACAGGAGGUGGAAGUUUCCACUCACUGCGGGACAUCUCCUUGGGCGGGGCCCCUCUCCGCCCACCCUCUGCGGACUGGAGCUGGAGAUGGAAGACACAUGCGCAGUCCAAACAGGUCUGGCCUCCGCCAUCUGGCUGCAGAUUUCUGGCUCCUCCUGAGGAAAACACUGCGUGGUCACCUUACUCCACCCAAGAUGCGAAGGCAGCCACUGCGGGAGGGAGGUGGCGAUCUGGAGAGGCAGGCACCAUCACCCCAGUGCACCUCCUCACUCCACAACAGGUGAGAAAAUGGCCAGAGCCCUUUGAUCCCCACCACUCUCAAGCCACCUGCCUGGGGGAGCUAAGAUGAUCAGGCAGCUGCUCCGCCGCUGCCGCUGCCUCUGCUUUGCUGGGAAAGGGUCCGAGGGCAGAUCCCCACAGAAGACUGUGCCACUGGUCUCAUAUCUUGGUCAUAGAGUGAGCCCUGUCAUGACCCGCUCCAGGCAGCUGUGACUGAACCACCUGCGUAAGGGGCCCCACUUGGUCUGGCGGAUGCACCCGCAGCCACUGCCUGCGGGGAAUGGGCCUGGAGGGUGGAUCCCCCCCCCCCCCCCCCGCAGGAGAUAGCGCCAUUGCCUCGGGGCUCACAGUCUGUGGCUUUGGUAGCUGAGGAUGAGCCACUGCAGCCUCUGUGGGAAUGGGUCCAGAGGGUGUAUCCCUGGAGGAGAGACUGAGCCACUGGUUGCAUAUCUUGGUCAUAGAGUGAUCCCUGCUCUGCCUGUGCCCUACUGCUUUUUCUGAGUGACCUGCUAGGAAACGUAAGCUGAGCAGGCUGGAUAGCGCAUAGCUGCUGCCGCAGGGGCGGCUAUGGGUCCGGAGGGCGGAUCCCUGGAGGAUAGAGACUGCGCCAUGGGUCUCAUUCCUGGUCUUAGAGAGAUCUCUGCUAUACCCUUCAUCAGGCAGCUUUGGUGGAGGGACCUGCCCAAGACACCUGAGCUGAUCAGGCUGGAUAGCGCACAGCUGCUGCCGCAGGGGCGGCUAUGGGUCCGGAGGGCGGAUCCCUGGAGGAGAGAGACUGCGCCACGGGUCUCACAUUCCCGGUCAUAGAGAGAUCUCCGCUAUACCCUUCAUUAGGCAGCUUUGGUGGAGGGACCUGCCCAAAACACCUGAGCUGAUCAGGCUGGAUAGCGCACAGCUGCUGCCGCAGGGGCGGCUAUGGGUCCGGAGGGCGGAUCCCUGGAGGAGAGAGACUGCGCCACGGGUCUCACAUUCCCGGUCAUAGAGAGAUCUCCGCUAUACCCUUCAUUAGGCAGCUUUGGUGGAGGGACCUGCCCAAAACACCUGAGCUGAUCAGGCUGGAUAGCGCACAGCUGCUGCCGCAGGGGCGGCUAUGGGUCCGGAGGGCGGAUCCCUGGAGGAGAGAGACUGCGCCAUGGGUCUCACAUUCCUGGUCAUAGAGAGAUCUCUGCUAUACCCUUCAUCAGGCAGCUUUGGUGGAGGGACCUGCCCAAGACACCUGAGCUGAUCAGGCUGGAUAGCGCACAGCUACUGCCGCAGGGGCGGCUAUGGGUCCGUAGGGCGGAUCCCUGGAGGAGAGAGACUGCGCCAUGGGUCUCACAUUCCUGGUCAUAGAGAGAUCUCUGCUAUACCCUUCAUCAGGCAGCUUUGGUGGAGGGACCUGCCCAAGACACCUGAGCUGAUCAGGCUGGAUAGCGCACAGCUGUUGCCGCAGGGGCGGCUAUGGGUCCGUAGGGCGGAUCCCUGGAGGAGAGAAACUGUGCCACGGGUCUCACAUUCCCGGUCAUAGAGAGAUCUCCGCUAUACCCUUCGUUAGGCAGCUUUGGUGGAGGGACCUGCCCAAGACACCUGGGCUGAUCAGGCUGGAUAGCGCACAGCUACUGCCGCAGGGGCGGCUAUGGGUCCGUAGGGCGGAUCCCUGGAGGAGAGAGACUGCGCCACGGGUCUCACAUUCCCGGUCAUAGAGAGAUCUCCGCUAUACCCUUCGUUAGGCAGCUUUGGUGGAGGGACCUGACCAAAACACCUGGGCUGAUCAGGCUGGAUAGCGCACAGCUGUUGCUGCAGGGGCGGCUAUGGGUCCGUAGGGCGGAUCCCUGGAGGAGAGAGACUGCGCCACGGAUCUCACAUUCCUGGUCAUAGAGAGAUCUCUGCUAUACCCUUCAUUAGGUAGCUUUGGUGGAGGGACCUGCCCAAGACACCUGAGCUGAUCCGGUCAGUGCGCCGCUGCCGCAGGGGUGGCUAUGGGUCUGGAGGGCGGAUCCCUGCAGAAGACUGUGCCAUUUCCACAGGUCUCACGCCCUGCAGCUUUAACCACACCACUUUCCCAGGCAACCUGAGUUGAUCCAAAGGGUGCUGCUACCGCUGCAGUGGAAAUGCAUCCAGAGGGCAGAUCCCUAGAAGAGAAUGCGUCAUUGGUCCCACAGCCUAGUCAUAGAGUGACCUUUGCCAUGACUUGACCAGCAACUUUGUCUGGGCCACCUGCCCAGGGAGAUAGUGGGUGCACUGCUGCUUCUUCCAGAGAAAUAGGUCCAGGGGCUGAACCAGCAACCUCUUGUGAUCAUAGAGCAAUCUCUUCGUACCCCUCACUGGAUGGCAGUGAGUGGCUGGCCGGCAUGGGCGGUGCCCAAGAGGGAAUCCCAGAGUCGUGGUGCAGCUGCGGGCGAUUCCUUCAGGCCCCUGUUCUGUUGGUGCUCCCAACAUUAGGACUUUAUCAAGGGGAAGGAACUUAUGGCGAUGGUGAUGGCAAUGGCAAUGGCAAUGGAUGACCUUGUGAGCUUUAGAAGGUCAGGGAAGCAAGUCACCAGAGUCCAGGAAGUGGAAUUCAUAAUGAGAUUUUUAAGAAGAUAAAUGGUGAGGAGUGAGGUCCCAAGCAACCUGCUCAACCCAGCCCAGCAGUAUCAGAGGUGCAGACUCCUCCAUUCAUCAGACAUGCAGCUUCUCUGUUGACACCCCUAGGUCAUCUGACUCUAAUUCUCCAGUCAUUGUCCAAGUACUGGCGGAGCCUAUUUAGAACUGGAAGGGAUCUUGGAAGUCUUAGUCCGUCACCUCACUUUAAAGGAGACACAGAAGGUUGCUGGAGCUACCCAAGGUCACAGAGAAAGAAGAGGAUCUGGAUGUUCAGAGAGGAGCCCUUUGCUUCCCAACCCAGUGUUCCUUCACUCCACCACUGAAGUACAAAGACAUAUUUCCUUGACCAUUUGAACCUGAAAACACCGUGUCAGACAGCCUCUUAUUGAGCUCAUCCUGAGACUCAGUGAAGAUGUCUAGCAAAACCACCAACACCAAUAGCGUUGCCCAGGCCCGUCGAACUGUCCAGCAGCUGAGAUUAGAAGCGUCCAUAGAGAGGAUCAAGGUCUCUAAGGCGUCUGCAGACCUCAUGUCCUACUGCGAGGAGCAUGCCAGGGGCGAUCCUUUGCUCAUGGGAAUCCCAACUUCAGAAAAUCCCUUCAAGGAUAAAAAAACAUGCAUCAUCUUAUAGUGGGUUGGGGACCUGCGGGUGCCGCCCCUCCGUGAUCUAAGCAGCUCCCAGAAGAAACAUACCUUCCGCUCACUUGGUAACCACUGCUCAAAACGAAAAUGCUUUUAACUUGUAAAAACAAAAAACAAAAAAUGAGUUUUCAAGCCUUUCUUUUUAAAAGUCUCCCUCUCUCUAGAGUGUACCCUUUAUGAAAUGGAUGAGAAUCAGUCGAAAUGAGUAACGGCGGUUGCUUUCUUAGGUUGGCUUCACGUUUAAGGAGUGCUGAUUUGGGUUGGUUUCUGUGUAAAUUCGUCGUCCAGUGAUCUACUUUUUGAUUUGAGGGAAGACCAAAGUUGCCUCCUCCUCUCUCCAGAUCCACCAGGCCCAUGAGUCACCAGGGCCAUGGCCAACCCAAUCUCUAAAACGCUUCACUCCUCAGCAUCCUUAAUCGGGUCGGUGCCUCUCUAUGUAUACUAUACAAGUUAUGCAUGUAUUUGGUGUGUAUAUAUGAUUUUGUAUAUAUACAUUUCAAAGUGCAUAUUUUCUAGUUCAAAAACGUCUUUCCCCCUUCCACAGGGGCCCCCCUGCCCCCCAGUUCUAGCCCACCUUGAGUUCUGCCUCUCUCCAGGCCGGCAGUGAGCCGGGCAGCCACAGCUGUGUUUGCCUACGGUUUCUGGGCGACGAGGGCGGUCCGCGCCCAAGAGCCGUUUUCACGAUACCAAAUUCCGGUCAUGUUCUCAUCACCAUCAUCUCUCCCUCUUGUUUGCUUCUCUGGUCCUCACGGCCUAAAUCCAAACGGUGCCAAUUUAAGAGAGCGAAAACAAAACCCCUCUUGUAAUCUGAGGUGCUACGCUGUGAGGGCCUUUUUGCUUUUACGGACUCAGCACAGUGAGGAUACAGAACCCCCAAAUCCCAGAGCCGGAUGGUCCAACCCGUGCCUAAACACGUAUCCUCUCUGUCACCUCCUUCCUGGCGAGUCAUCCACCCGCUCUGCUGGAGACCGUUUGUUUAAAUGCAGAAAGGGAUUACAAAGGAAACCAGUUAGACUGAAAUCCAGUUAGCAAAAUAUUAAAAAAAAAAAAAAAGUUCAAGGCCCCUAGUUGAGAACCUUUGACCUAAUCCAAUCCAUACCCCAUCUGCAGUAAGAAGUGAUCAUCCCCCUCUGCUUGAAGACCCCCAUUGUACUUUGGGAUAACCUUAAGGGUUAGGAGGCUUUUCCUAAUCUCCAACCUAAAUUUACUUCCCUUGUUGUUUCUGGUCCAGCCCUCCAAGGCCAAGCAGAAGCAGUCUGAUUAGUAGGAGAGUACCCAUGAGCCCACUGACUAGAGGAGGGGGUUCCCCGAAUAUGAGCCGGCUUCUCUCCAUGAAGGAGAUCAGUUAGCAUGCUAGAUUGAGGGAGCCCACCUCCUCUCCCCUUGUAGUUUCUUUCAUUCUCCCUCUGCUUCCCCUCAAAGUUCCCUCCCUUGCCUGAGUCUCACCCGUUUGAGGAGUGCGCUUCAUCCCCCUACCCAGUCCCAGGUUGUUCAUUUGCAGGUGGGAAGGCUGUUUGUCCAGAAGAAAACAAGAAAGGUCCAAGAUGCUGGUGGGUUUCCCAAUUCCUAGCCUGUCGUCAUCCAACCCACCCUGUCCGUGCUCUCCUUGGAGGCAAGAAGAGGCAGUUUGAUAGAACUUUAAAAAGAAAAGAACCCCCUUGUCACUCCCCUUCCUCCCCAGAUUAUUGGAUAUGCUGCCAAAAAUCUUUCUGCUGAACUUAGAUGGGCCCUUACUCUGGGCACAGCCCCUGCAGGCAGGGAGGUUGAGAGGGUCUUUUUCAAAUGGUUGCUUUCAGACACAGAAAGUAAACUCACCACACUAGAAUCCCAUUUCCAUCUAUUAGCCUCAGUGCCCUCAUCUAUAAAAUGGAGACGAUCUUGUAAACUCUGCCCCCUCACAGGGUCAUCGUGGGGAGGCUUGGAGGUGCUCCAGAAAUGCAAGUUAUUAGCAAAAUUCUUUAUGAAUCAAGGUUCUCCAAAAAACCUCUCCCAAAAGAACCAUUCCUGGGACUUCUGACAGCAGUUCCUCAAUAGAUAGUGCGUGCCAUUCUUGGAGGUGCCGACCGCCCCUUUUGAAGUUUGUCCCAUCCCCAAACAAAAGGUAGCUUCCCCAUGUCCAAAGCUGAAGGUCAUCUCGCCCUUCCAAGAUGUAGAUGAAAAAAAAACUUCUUCCCUCUCUGUCACAGCCGCCCCCUCUCCAUGCACUCCUUUUAGUCAAUGAUUCUAUUUUUCUAACAGCCAUUUCAUGACUCUGAUCUGUAUAUUCACUCUGAUUUUUAACCAUGUGUCAUUCAUCGUGUAGAAUGCAGCCUAUUGCAAAAAUAUAUUAAAGCGAUGAACUUGAAUAUGCUUGACUCUGGGGGACGGCACUGAGGGCAGUCGCCCUUCAUUCAGUGGUGUUAAGUGGACCCUUUUAUACGGCCCCCCAUCUCUUAUUUCCAGCAAUGCCAUGACUGUGCUUGCCCUGGCCACGGUACGUCUGGCCCUUCUGCCCUGGGCCACCUGGUCCUUCCACUGGCCUGCUAGACGGCAUCCAGGCCUUCGAGUGUGGACAAACCUCCCCAACCAGCAGUGAAAGCCAAUUGACCCCAGAUCUAAACCUUGGCUUCUAGACCAAGACAGAUAGUAACUCAGUGUUGUUGUACCUAGAACCAAAAAGAUUGUUGAUGUACCUAGAACCAAAAAGAUUCUAUGAGGAAAGAUAAUAUAUAUGUAUAUGAUAAACAGAAGUCACUUUUAUUUAACCGGCUUGAUUCCUCUUGUAAGCUUCAGGCUCUUGGAGCAGCUGCUAUGACGAUUUGGGGCAGAUGCCUGGGUGUAUAAUUUUUUUUUUCCCGCUACCACAGUAAUGUUCACACAGAUAUACAUCCCCAUAUGUGUAUAUAUAAACUGUAACUCUCUGGCUUUGUUAUCACUGAAGUUCCUACUGCGUGGGUUCAAUGUAUGUACGUUGACAGUAGUUUUGCAAAUAUGCUGUUUUCUUGGUUCAUCCUUCUCCCUUCAUUAUCCCCACAUGUCUGUACAGUUUUUAUUUAAACUCAAGGUCUCAGUGCCAUGACCGUGUGCUAAAUAGAAUUUAUUGGUCCCAAAAUCUUUUACAGAAACACAUUUUGAACAGGGGAAAUAUUUUAUGUACCAGAUAAUCAAUUAACAAAUGAUAGAUACAUGGUGUCUGCUUGCUCUUUUUUCCUAUGAAUCUGGUUUUUAAGUUCCCUGGGCUAAUUCAAAUCAAAAGUGCCAUAUUCACCUUUUAGACAAAAGGUCCGGUGUUUGCUUUCAGCCCAACUGAAACAAUUUUUGUACUUUUUCAUCUGUAAACCACCAGAAGAAAAAUUUAUACCAGUCCUUUAGUGUAUAUAAAUGCGCAUAUGUUUGAACCAAAUCAUAACAAUUCACGGAAAUGCAGAGGCAUCUUUAAAUCUGAGGCGGAGGCUAGAAAAACAAACAGUGGAGGAUGUGUUAAGCUGUCUUCUCGGUUCUGUUUUAGCUAACUUUCUCGAUUUUAAGUGAACCGGGAAAAAUAGCAUUAUCUUAUCUGGUUACCCUGAAUUGAUUUUUCUUUUGAGCCAUACAUUCGAAAAGAUUCAUGGGCUUAGAAAAUGAAUUCUAACCUAAAAUAGCCCCUUCUUGCUGUCCCCCGCCCCCACCAAAAAACAAAUGAAUAUAUGACUAAGUGAGUGAGUAAAAUUUUAAAAGAUCUAAUUAGAAUAAUUAUGAGAAAAUCGAAUCUAGAAUCUUCAGAUUGAAAUUCACAAUUCCUGGCUUAUUGGCAGUGGUUCAGAUUAAAUUAGUCAAAUCAUCCUUUCCUCUGAAUCAUAAACCAUCACAGUUGGAAGUGACCCCGGAAGCUGUCUAGUCCAACCCCUACUGGAAAAAGUUCCCCAGGGCAACAUCCCCGACAGGUAGGCAGGUGGUCACCCAGUCCUAGCUCCAAGACCUUCAAGAUUCCCAGACAAACUAUUCCGCUUUCCAGCACUUCUAAAUGUUAGGAAGAUUUCCCUGACCUCCUUCGUCAAUUGACCCAUUUGCAAUGUCUGCCCUCAGGGGCCAAAGCGAAUAAAUCUGACCCCUCCUGGGUCUUCUCUUCUCCAACCUAACUCUCCCUAGUUCCUUCAGUCAGUCCUCCAAACACAUAAAUUCAAGGGCUGCCGUGUAACAGAAAAAAUGUCAAACUAGCACAGCCAAUUCAGAACAAUUUAUUGAAGUUGAUCUCGAGCAAAAUCUGUAAUCAGUGGAAUGUCACUAAAAAUCUUUCCAAGCAAAAAAGCAUCCAAAUUCCAACGUAUUUGUAAGAAAUAUAAAUCAGCAAAUAUAAUCUACACAAAUGAUAUAUUUCUGUCUUCGCACACAUUCAAUUUAGUCAGAAGAUUAAAUAUUACAGACAAUUCCAUUGUCACCAAAGGAAUAUUGAACUGGGACUACCCACCACUGGGUGACUCACUUUCCCCAUCUAAUCCUUAGUUUCCUGCUCUAAGAAAUGACAGUUGAACUAGAUGAUUUCCGGCCAUUCCAACUGGAAAAUUCCAUGGUCCAAUGAUCCUUCCUCCCCUGCCGCCAUCUUUGUGCUGUGAGCAUUGCUGUUUCCGAUAUCUAAAUGUUGCUCUUUCCCUCAUGUUGUCACGAGCUAACAGCCUUUGAGAGUGUUUGUUCUUGGAUUUGUUUUCUCACAAUUGGAAAAAACUACCCUUGUUACUUUUGUGGUGAUGAUGGUGUUUUUCUUUUCUUCUGAUUUGAUGAACUCUGUGACUUUCUUAAUGUUCUUUGUAUCGUCAUGUAAUUCCCUCUACGUGUCCUUUGGGUGUCCCUGGAAAUUUGCCUUUGAUUUCUGGUCAAUGAGCCCCAGCUGUUUUAGAACCUUUUUGGCUCCUUGUAUGUUGUGUCACCUAUAACCUUGACACUGUGAUCAUCGUUUGAAAGAUUGUAAAAGAUGGAAGCAUUUCUUUCCCAGCUCAUGUUCAAUAGCACGGAUUCCAAUCAAAUGAAUUAAAAACAUCAUGGCUUUCUAUACUGCA